GUAGCGAAUGUUGAGGUGGCGCGCAGAUACCUAAAUCACUUCCUAAAAACUUCGAAAAACUCACGUGAAGUCCGCGUAACUGUUGAUUCUAGCGUGCCCAAUGAAACUGUCGAAAGGAGCGGUGGCAGCAACAGUGCUCGUUCGACAUCAGAUUCUCGCCAACGUGGAUUUAUUGGAGCCGAAAAUGAUUUGUGCAGCGAACGUGAACUAUUUGUCAACGACCAGGCACCACUUGUUGCAUCUCGAAUCGGUUGUUACUACGGGACAUGUUCAUGCAGAACCACAUUUUGACGAGCUACAUUUACGCCCUAAGCGGUAUUUUCAAUUUUCAUCGUGA